AUGAUCCAAGAAUGGGAAGCUGCUCAUUGGACUCCCAACCAUCUAGCCUCUCUUGCAGGAGAUACAAAGUUUAAUUGUAGAUUGCAGUGUCGGUUUUGUUUUCAAAAAGCUGGUGCUAUUCAAUGGGAAGGUGAAUGUCAUCAUGUUAUGUCAUCUGUGGCUGAAUUUCUCUCCUGGAUUGAGAGCAAAACCGAUGAUGAUGAUAAAAAUCCUGCACUUAGUUUUUAUGAUCCCAAAAUAUUUUGGUGUUACCUUGACUACAAAAACCUUGACAGUGUUGUUAAAGAAAAAGGAGUCAUUAACAAAGCAAUAGACUGGAGUUGUUUUGGCUUAGUUGAGGAAGAACCAUUUCAAAAUUAUGUGUGGCUUGGCUCCCAAGGUGCCCAUACACCAUGUCAUUAUGAUACCUAUGGAUUCAACCUGGUGGUCCAGUUAUAUGGAAGUAAACGAUGGAUUCUUUUCCCUCCUGAAGACACAGAGAACCUGUAUCCAACAAGAAUCCCUUACGAAGAAUCCAGUGUCUAUAGUGAGGUGAAUAUUAAAAACCCUGACUUUAACAAGCAUCCAAAGUUUAAGAAUUCUAAGCCACAUGUAAUAAUUUUAAAAGCUGGUCAAGUUCUCUAUGUUCCUUGGAAAUGGUGGCACUUUGCAGAGUGUUUGGAAACAUCACUAAGCAUUAAUACUUGGCUGCAGUUGCCUGAAGACAAUGCCUCUCGAGUUGAAGAAGCCGUUGCCAGAAUGAUUUUCAGCAAAUGGAUGACCUUCAACAAAAAUACUGACCACUGGCUGAACCCAAAUGAAGAUGUUGAAUCUGAUGACAUUAAUGCUGGCUACUUAUCACAGACUUUGUAUUUGUUAAGCCACAACCCACCAAGGAUUCUGACCCCACAGACACAGUCGACUAAGUAUUCUGAUGCCAAAAUUCCAACACCAACAGAUGGCAGUGACAAGACUGAACAGUUCUACUGUGGUUCCUGUGUCUUCUGCCUCAAACAUUGA